GAGGCGGUGGCGGAGGCCUCCGUGGCGGAGGCGGAAGCAGAGGUGGAGGCUGAGGUGGAGGCCGAGGCCAGCCUGGGGGAGGCGGCGGCGGCGGCCAGGGCCGGGGAGAAGGCAGAGGCCGGCGGCGCGGCCGCGGCCACGGCCGCGGCGGUGGCAGCCACCGAGGCCAGCCUGGCGGAGGCCAGCCUUGAGGAGGCCAGCCUGGCGGAGGCUGCCGCGUCGCCUUCCUCCUACGGGAGGGUGGAUAUGGACGAAGAGCUGGCGGCGGCCUUGGCUGCAGAAGAGGAAGAGGCGGCGGCCGGGGGCUCGGACGAUGGGAACCCAGACUUUCCCACGGCCUCCCUGUACGUGGGCGACCUGCACCCCGAGGUAACCGAGUCCAUGCUGUAUGAGAAGUUCAGCCCUGCCGGGCCCAUCCUGUCCAUCCGCAUCUGCAGGGACAAGGUCCCCCGGCGCUCUCUGGGCUACGCAUAUGUCAACUACCAGCAACCGGUGGAUGCCAAGCGGGCCCUGGAGACCAUGAACUUUGACGUUAUAAAUGGCAGGCCAGUGCGCAUCAUGUGGUCCCAGAGGGACCCGUCGCUCCGCAAGAGCGGGGUGGGCAACGUCUUCAUCAAGAACCUGGGCAAGACCAUCGACAACAAGGCGCUGUACAACAUCUUCUCGGCCUUCGGCAACAUCCUGUCCUGCAAGGUGGCCUGUGACGAAAAGGGGCCCAAGGGCUACGGGUUCGUGCACUUCCAGAAGCAGGAGUCGGCCGAGCGGGCCAUAGAUGCGCUGAAUGGCAUGUUCCUCAACUACCGCAAGAUUUUCGUCGGGAGAUUCAAGUCUCACAAGGAGAGAGAGGCUGAAAGGGGAGCCUGGGCCCGCCAGUCCACCAGCGCUGUUCAAGAUUUCGACGACGACUCCGAUGACGAGGCCACCUUUCGAUGAAGACAUCCCAGGACCCAGCCAGUAGAGCCAAACCGUGGCUCCCACCCCGUUUACAACCCCCACCCCCCAACCCACCAGCAGUGUAUUGUAUUGGGAGUGCAGGUUUCUCUCUUCCCCCUCCUUCUCCUCUUCCCCCUCCCUCUCUCCCUCUCCCCC